CUUCCAGAAACUUCGAAGUUAAAUAAGAAAAAUGUUGUCCCUGCCCAAGAACAGAUGAAUGCAUUGAAGAAUUCCUGGGCUGCCUGCCAGACUUCUUUUUGUCCAUCCCCUCCUUUCAUCGAGAGAAUGAGAUAUAAGUCCAAUCCAGCAGCGCCUACCUUCACCAUCUCGAUCUCCUUUGUCUCUGUCCACUCUUCCCCUGUUGACAUCCACGCUCCUUGAGCUGGACAAGCCGUCUAUGUCCUCAGCUCCUCAGUCACCAUUCCCUGAAAACACUGUCAACCUUGGCCGCCAUUACGGUUUUAGUAAAGGGUCUUCAGUAUCACUGAGCCAGUCAUCCACUAAGUCAUCAGUACUCACUAGAGGAGUUAAGGGCAGCCCCACUGCUGCCCUGGCUGUGUUUCAUAAAACAGAGAAAACACCACCUUCAGACGGAGACUUAAAGCCUACACAGCUUCAUAUCUCAGGACCCAGUCGCAAGCGCCAUAUCUCCUCGUCCGGUAAUUCCGUGGAAGAUGAGAAGGAAGAGAGGAAGAAAAGCAAGAUGAGAGGGCAGUGUUCUCCUCGGAUGAAACCAAGGAAGUUGUUCAAGUCCUCAACCAGACCUCAUGGUCAGGCCCAGAGCUGGGGAGAGCAAUGUAGUUUAGAAGAAGAGGAAAACAAGAAAAGCAGGCCAAAGGAUAGAACUUUCAAAGUUACCAAGGAAAGAAUAUCAGAAGAAUAUCAAAAUAUCAGGAAUAAGACUGUAAGAGACACAGCUCAUGGCACAGUCGCUGAGGUGUCUACUGAGGGUAAAGUUAGCAGAGUGAUGUCUUCUUCCCACAUGGUGAGCUCCAGUCAUUGGGAGGCUGAAGUGGGGGAUGGAGAUAUGGACAUGGAUGAGGAUUUGGAGUUGCCAAAAAUUGCUGUAAACCCAAGUAACCUGUGCCAGCAAUUCAGCUCUGAGUUGAAGAAGAAGUUCCAGAACCGUUAUAAGAUGAUGGAGGUUUACAACAAGCAGUCUUUGAAGACUGUCCAGCAACAUGUCUCCUCCCUCAACAUGCAAGUUACCAAGUACAGGACUCAGAUGCUUGAACAGGUUCAGGAGGUCCUCUUGGAAGAGAUCCACAAAUUGGAGCAGGAUGACACUGUGCUGAAAAGCAUGGAGAAAGACCUGACUAUGUACUGGAAAAAGCAGACCGUGGCGUUCCAUUCUUACCAGGAGCAGGAAACCAGGAGAAAUGAGACCCUGAAGAAAGCCCUCCAGAGUAACACGUGUCACAGCUUGGAGUAUGAGGAGAGACUAUUCACAUCCCAGAUGUCCCUGAUAAGAAAAGACAUGAAGUCAGUUCAGGACAGACUCCUCAGUCAGAUGCAAGAGGGGGAGCUCCAGAGUGUGAAGAGAGGUCUGCAUGCUUUGUUUUUCCCCUGAUGGAGCCAGGUUUUGAGUUGAACAAAGUCCUGGCAAAUGUUUCUACACUAUAAACAAGGUUGUGUAUUUCACCACACGAUGCACACUGUGCUGUGUACUUCAGCUGUGCUGCAUUCAUUUCAAAGUGUUUGCCUGACGUGUUGAUUUUUCCGGGUUCUGCUUUUAUUGAAUGUGGAUGUGUUUGGUUUAUUCUGCCCUGGAUGUGUUGUUGCCAUGUUGUUUUUAUUAGAAAUGUUAUCUUAUUCUGAUAUUUAUUAAUUGAUGAAAUUUAUAAAUUCAAUAAUUUUUAGUGUUCUUUAGUGUUUUUAAUAAAAAUGUUGGAUUUAUUCAUUUAGUUAAGUGAAAUAUGGCCAACUAAACAUUUAAAAUGUUAAUCUGAACUGUUUUUAAAUACCUCUUCAACCUGAUUCUUCAUUGAAAAUAAAACUGUUUAAAAAAUGA